AUCGGAUUACCAGGCGAAGCAGCAGGCAGAGGGCCACCAGGCGGGGCGGGCGGACAGGCCACCGGGGGGCCCCGGGCGGGGCGACAGGCACCGGGCCCCCGGGCGGGGCGACAGGCACCGGCCCCCGGGCGGGGCGACAGGCCGGCAGGCCGAGCCCCCGGGCGGGGCGACAGCACCGACAGGGGCAUCGGGCCCCCAGGCGGGGCGACAGGCAUUGGGCCCCAGGCGGGGCGGCGGGCGCCGGACCCCCAGGCGGAGCGACAGGUCUCGGGCCCUCAGGCGGAGCGGCGGGCGCUGGACCCCCAGGCGGAUGCGACAGGUCUCGGGCCCUCAGGCGGAGCGGCGGGCGCCGGACCCCCAGGCGGCAGCGACAGGUCUCGGGCCUUCAGUCGGAGCGGCGGGCGCCGGGACCCCCAGGUGGAGCAUGGAGCGAAGGUCUCGGGCCCUCAGGCGGGGUGUAAUGAGUGCCGGGCGCAGGACCCCCAGGCGGGAGCGACAGGUCUCGGGCCCCCAGGCGGGAGCGGUGGGCGCCGGACC